UCACAUGUUACUUGGACGCCGAACGUGUUACGGACAAGCAGCGCUCGGUGGAAUAAAAUUGUUUUUUUAUAAAUAUUUUCUCCCGAUACUGGCAUUUUAUUUUAUUUUUUUUUUAGGAUGAAUUUAAGUAGGAGGUUGUUACCGAUUCACGUGUAUGUCCGGAAUGCUUCCACAAAAGCCAAGGUAAAGACGAAGUUUAAUUUUGAGCUCUCGGCUGAUGUCAGUGACUCCCUGAAGAGUGGGUCUGUGAAGGCACGCCAUCAUGCCGGCAGAAUGGGUGUGGGAGUCGUGAACCUACCGGAAGCUCUUUCUCAGGCUGCAUUUAAUGCACUGAAAGACUUUCCGGAAAAAAGCCUUAUAGAAGAUGCGCACAAGUUGUCAAGUUACAUCUGGUCUCGACAUCCACCACUAGAGAAGGAUGAAUAUCACCAUAAGGUCAGGGAGGUGGAACAUGCUGUCAAAGAACAAGAAAUGGUAGAUCCAUUAUCACCGGAUAUUGGUGAAGAGCUUCAAGGCAGGUUGCUAGAAUCCCGAAAAUCAAAAGUUAUCAAGAAAAUGAAGACGAAUGUUUAUCAUUGGAAACCCAUUGAGUAUAAUGGCUAUAGGGCAGCUAUGUAUGUGGCAGGCCGUCUAGCUCCAGAUUAUGCCUCCCUCUACAAAAUCAUGGCAGAGAUGAAGAAACGUGACCCACAAUUUUCCCCACUUACGCUAUUAGACUUUGGCUCUGGUGUGGGCACUUCAAUGUGGGUGGUGGACAACAUUUGGCCUGAGAAGUGUAAAGAGGCAGUGUGCAUUGACUCCAGUUCAGAAAUGAAUGGCAUGGCAGACAAGCUUCUUAGAGAAGGUGACCCAGAGAAACCACUGCAAACAAGGCCAGGAGGAACAUUUUUCAAGCAGUUUUUACCAAUGUCCAGCACCUUGCAGUAUGAUAUUGUGGUUUCGUCUCGUUCCCUGUUUGAGCUCCCUGACAUGGCUUCAAGACUAAGAACAAUAGAUAUACUCUGGAGAAAAACAUCAAAAUACCUGGUACUGGUUGAAGCUGGGACAAAUGCUGGAUACAGACUGAUUCAGGAAGCAAGGGAUUAUGUAUUAGAGGUGGGUCAUCAGUCAGAAAAGGAAAGAGAUUACUUGGAGGGACAUGUUUUCUCUCCUUGUCCACAUGACAAGUUUUGUCCAAGAUUUUUUGAUGGCUCUAAUACCCCUUGUAAUUUUGAAGUAUCUUACAAACCAUUUAAAUUUGGUAAAUAUAGUAACACAAGCAAGGACCUGUUUACUUAUGUAGUACUUAAGAAAGGAAAGAGAAAUGAUGUUGCAGGUGACAAUGUAUCAUGGCCUCGCAUUGUGCGUGCCCCAUUAUGCCGCACAAGGCAUGUUAUAUGUCGUACUUGUACAAAGUAUGGUACCCUCCAAGAACUUACAGUAACAAAAAGGAGACAUGGCAAAGAAUGUUACCAAGUAAGUAAAAAUACAAACUGGGGUGACAUGCUUCCAGUUGAAUUUGAAGACGCAUCACAUUCAGAAAGUGAUUCUAAUGAUGAACCUGCUUAUUCUGAAAAUGAUCUUAUCACCUAUGAUACUGCAUGAUAAGAACACUUUCUUACCAUAUAUGGGUAAGUAAAUAUUGCCCCCUUUGGUUUUGUUUUAGAACCAGAUCUGUUUAUCAGUUUUAAGAAAUGCUUAAAAAGGGAGAUUCUUUCAGAUGAAAUGUGAUAUGAAAAACUCCCUCAUGAAAAGGAGAUUUUAUGACAUUCAUUAAGUCUUUUGUUCAUAAUGACACCUGUACAGCAUCAUUUUGGUAAACUAGAAUUUCUCUUUUCCUAAUUAACAUUAUGGUUGUAUGCAGAUAGUAUGUUUGUCUCUGGUGUCCUGUUUGACAUCCUGCCUUAACCCAUAGCACUGGCCAGGAGGAAGACAAAUGUCUUUAUAAAUUCUGUCUCCUCCCUCAAGAUCAUUGGGCCUGCAACACUCUCUGUUCAUUACUUGUAGCCAAAAGGUCAAUGAAAUAGAUAAUAAAGAAUUUCUUGCUUUGGUGGUGAGUCCCAAGUUUUGUAAAAAAGAUGUAGAAGCAAAAAGCCAGAUAAGUUUUCUUAUAACAGUCUGUAAUGUUCUACAAUUCAGAAAUAGCCCUUUGUAAAUGACAAUAAGAUAUCCAUUGUUUAGUCUCUGAAAAAGUUAUAAUAAAUGUUUUUUUUGUU